AUGGUAACUCGUAUUCCUGAUCAGAGACUUGUCUACCUUCAUUGCGCAUCAGUCUUCAAAGGAGACCGAGCACAAAUACGGAAGCUAAAAAAGGUUACUGAAGUUCUCUCCAAGUACCGACAGUCUAUCAAAACUCUCACCAAUGAAUUUUCUUUGGAUGCCAUCGCUCCUGUUGCCAAGGCACUGUUAGACCGGAAAAUCUUUGAAUCAGAAGCCUGUGCCAAGCUACACUUCCCAGAACUUUUCCAACCAUCCGAGACACAAGAGGCCGAACGAGUGGCCUCAGAAGCAGAAGCCGCAAGAAUCGAAGCUGAAGCGGUGCAGGAGACAAUAGUGACCUCCGAUGAAGAAUGCGAGGAGGAGAUAUUGAACACCACAACUAGCCAGGGUCAAGGACUACCAUCUCGUGCCGCGGCAGGUACGAUUGAAGGAAGUGCUCAAGAUAUCCCAGCUGAACAAGGCAAUGUACCACAAAGCAAUAAGGAACGGGAUGUUAACCCAAUACCCCGGCUGCAUCCGGUUUACUUACCCGUCAGAACUCAACAUCAGGUUUUAACACUGGUGCAGUCGAUCUUGGAGGGUUGUUGUUUUCAAUUCGGCAAUACUUGGGUUCCGCAGCUGAUGAAAGCGCAAAAGUGGGAAGAAGCAGAAUCUAUCGAACUGACUCGAUGGGUCCAGAUAUUUUCCAAAUAUACAAAGGACCUGCCAGUCUCAGCCACAACGGCAAUAGCUGGCAAGAGUUUGAAAGAGGUGCUGUUCGCAACCACCAACUUACGACAUUCGGCUGUUCAUCGACUGAACACGAGCGCGGCGGGAAUUUUGAAAAUGCUCGAGGCCGCAAUCAUCUUCACAGAAGCACUGACUGACACAGCACGAGCGACUUGUAUUCGGAAGAUCAAAGAUGAAGUGGCUGCCAUCGUUGAUGAUAUUGUUCAGCAUCAGACUCUGCUAGAGCGCAAGUUGUCCGACCAGCUGAAUGAGUUCGCCCGUAAAAGAGCAGAGAUUGACGAGCUAGAGAGACUGGCGAUUGAGGAUAUGCUCGACAACGACAAGACGCAUCGAGGAUCGGCCGGUUCAGUGGUUGAGGGCUUCCUAGCCAACCUCACCAAGGCUGCACAGGCUUGCGCUUCUGAAAGCAAGGAAGAAGACCAGAAAGGGGCCUCAGGAUCUGCACAGGAUGCAUUAUCCGAUGAAGACAGCAAUAGUGAAGAAGACCCCGACGAAACAAACGCCGCCACUCAUCCUGGGCUUCUGGAUCAGAGCCAAUCAAAACGAGACGGGAAACUCGAGCAGAACAAUAGCCAAGUCGCUUCCGUUUCAGGGCAUGGUGAAGAUAACGAAGAAAAUCCAUUAGAUGCUGAUGUUGACAGAGACUUCGUAGAUACAGUUUCAUUCACAGCGAGGAAUAAAAGGGAUAGAAAAAAGAAGCGCAAAGAUCGCCGUAGUGCUUGUGAGCACAUCAGCGAGAUCGCACCACCCCUGGAAGAUUUCCCUGCGAUAAAUGAUCCUUCGGUUCAUAACCAUUAUCCUGCUGAAUACAAUACAGCUGAAGGGAAAGUUGUCUCUGAUAUAGAAAUUGACAAUUCGCAAGCAGAUAAGGUCGUGGUGGUGGCAGAUCCUUUCGAGCGUAAUUACGCUGCCGCUGGCCAUAGGAUACCAUCUGCUCCACCAUUCGCGGGGAGUGACGCAAAAAUCCUCGAGGAAACUAUAGUUGUGGAUGAUGAAUAUCCCACUAUUCUGAUGGCAGAAGAACCGUCUCCCGUACUCGUCCUAGAAGAGCAAGUCGAAGCAGGUUCGGAGGGUCCUCCUUCAGUGUCUUGUGCGCCGGCUCCACCAGUUCUAGUCGAAGCAUCGAGCGCCGAACCAGAAGAAACCAGGAAAUACGCCGUUGUGCUGAAAAUCCCUCACGGGUCAGAAGUCCUCAUGACGAUGGUCUGUCUCAGCUCUGCAACCAGGACGGCAAUCCUAAACGAAGCCGAGGAACUUUAUGCAGAACGUGUUCUUCAGUGCCAACCGGAAGAGAAGGGAUGGGAGAGAAAAUGCACUCGCAGGCUGCUGACAGUGACAAUGGAAGGGCAUGAGGUGGACAUGUCGGCAUUUGGUUCGGAAGACCUAACGUUUUUGGUUGAGAGGAUCUCUAAAUCUGGUAUCCCGAUGUUCACUGUCGAGAUAUCACAGACGAUGACUUAUGUGGGCUAA